GAACGCACCCGAACGUCAGUCGAGCGGGGCGCGGUCGCUGUCACGGUGCGGAGUUGGUGUGGUGCUUGUCAUCCGGCCGCCAUUAUCUCGUAUUUAAACGGAUUUGUAAAAUCAAUUAAAGUUUGCAUUGUCGUUGCGUGUUUUUAGUGUUCGGUGCAGCAAAAAUCCCUGGAAAUAUUUGAUUCGUGAUCGUUAAUCUAAAGAUUUUGUGUUGCGAAGUCGUAUGAACAGUGAUAAGUGGUACUGUUAGGUUACUGUGUGUUGGGUGCUAACGUUGUGUAGGGUGGCUCCGGUCUCGCCGGAGCGGCAGGACGCGUGUGGAGCGCAUGCAGAGGGAGCGGUGAGAGCGCGCCCGGCUCAGGGGUCGGGGCGGCCGGCGGCCAAGGAACAGGGACAGCUGCCGACAUGGGGUGCGCCCAGUCGGCCGAGGAGCGUGCGGCUGCAGCUCGCAGCCGACAGAUCGAGAGGAACCUGAAAGAGGAUGGAAUCCAGGCCUCCAAAGAUAUCAAGUUGCUCUUAUUAGGUGCUGGUGAAUCAGGCAAAAGUACUAUAGUCAAACAAAUGAAAAUUAUCCACGAAAGUGGCUUCACAAAUGAAGACUUCAAACAGUACCGGCCGGUGGUGUACAGCAACACGAUUCAGUCGCUCGUCGCCAUCUUGCGUGCUAUGCCCAACCUGGGCAUCACCUACGGCAAUAAGGACCGAGAGAGCGAUGGCAAGAUGGUGUUUGACGUGAUCCAACGGAUGGAGGACACGGAGCCGUUCAGCGAGGAAUUGCUGGCGGCGAUGAAGAGGCUCUGGGCGGACGCAGGCGUGCAGGAGUGCUUCGGUCGCUCCAACGAGUACCAGCUCAACGACUCCGCCAAAUAUUUCCUGGACGACUUGGACCGGUUAGGUGCGAGAGAUUACCAGCCCACCGAACAAGAUAUUUUAAGGACUAGAGUCAAAACCACUGGCAUCGUCGAAGUGCACUUCUCCUUCAAAAACCUUAAUUUCAAAUUGUUCGACGUGGGUGGCCAGCGGUCUGAGAGAAAGAAAUGGAUCCACUGCUUCGAGGAUGUGACCGCGAUCAUAUUCUGCGUCGCCAUGUCCGAGUACGACCAGGUGUUGCACGAGGAUGAGACAACGAACCGUAUGCAAGAGAGUCUAAAGCUGUUCGAUUCUAUCUGCAACAACAAGUGGUUCACCGACACCAGCAUCAUCCUGUUCCUCAACAAGAAGGAUCUGUUCGAGGAGAAAAUACGCAAGUCGCCGCUCACUAUAUGCUUUCCCGAGUACACGGGUGCGCAAGAAUAUGGCGAGGCAGCGGCGUACAUUCAAGCCCAGUUCGAGGCAAAGAACAAGUCUACCACGAAGGAGAUCUACUGCCACAUGACGUGCGCCACCGACACCAACAACAUCCAGUUCGUGUUCGACGCCGUGACCGACGUGAUCAUCGCCAACAACCUGCGCGGCUGCGGCCUGUACUAGAGGCGGGGCGCUGCACUCCGCGCGCACGUUCCCGCGGCCGCGUCGCGGCUCGCUCACGCCGCAGCUACGCGUAUUAUAAUUACCUAUAUAUUUUUAUGGAAAGUAAGCUUACUGGAUAUACCGCCGAUGUGCAGAUAUCAUGUGUCACAUGGCUUGGGGCAUUGUGUAUGAUUUCGACAGCUCCCACCGACAGUGUGCGACUAGAUCCGACUAUCAGGUAGCGUUUCGUUUCCCCCUGUAAUAUAAAACCGUAGUUUGGUUAUUGUCCCGGCGCUCGCGUCGGGGUCGUUUUCGAUUAAUGUGAAUUAGUGAUCUAGUGUUCAAUUCUAAAUUUUGGUGCUAGGCAUUCGGUAUAGUGUUUCGUUGGCACUCGGACGUGGUCGGUCUAGCGGCGCCUGUCGGCAGUCCGGAGCCCCGGUAACAUAUGUGCUUAUAUACUCACUCUCUUACGGACCAAACACAGAAAGGAACCAAUAUUUAGUAUUGAAUAAAACACGGUAGUGAGAUGCAUGAAUACGUUCACAGGCCUACUUAAACUGAUUACAAAACAUCAUUCCAUUAUUAAGUAUUAUAUCACUUAUAAUGAGAAAUUAUUUUUUAUAAACUUUUGAAUGCACAACUGUACCGCUCUAUGGAAUAAGACGACGUCGUUUAUGUUACGUACCUACGAGCAUAGUGUAAGCUAAGUCCUGUCAUCCAAUGUUAUUAUGUUAAGUUAGCAUCGUAUUACGCACAAAUUAUUUAUUCCAGUAAGAGCAUUCAUUUGUUACGCCAUAUACAUAUACAAUUCUGAUUUGUUUUGUGUUCAUAUUUUUCUAUAUCAUUUUACAGUAAUCCUUAAGGUGUAGCCAUUUAAGAUCUAUUCUUGUAUUCAAUUAUUGAAAUCAUGUUAGGUAUUUAUUUUAUCUAGAGUACUUGUAUUAAACGUGGUAUAUGUAAACUUGUCAUGUUUAAUUUUAUAUUAAAAGGUAAUUAACCAAUGUUUAUGAUCAUGUUAAUCUUCGUCAUUAUUUUGUGAAGUGGCUGGAGUCUGUAAUGGUAAGGAAGUUAGCGCGGCGUGUCAUUUAUAUAAUA